AAUGGUCAUUCAAACAACAUUCAUAUCCCUACGAAUCUAGUGAGAAGAAUUUUUCUUUUCAGUUUCCCAAAGAGCAUUCAACACACUGACCCACUGAUUCCAAUUUCCAAGUUUAGUGAACAAAUAUGGUAACCGGCUUCAUUGAAACCAAUCAAUAACAUACUCCGUUUUCAUUUCAAUUCUCUAAAACGUAUCAAACAUUAUAACCAUGUUUAUCAUGCUACAAAACAAAACCAAACAAACCUAUUCAAAAUCAAAAUCCUCAUUUCUCUGUUUUCUUAAUAGUAAUCACACGUAGCUUUCUUCCCUUGUCCUUCUCUGCUAAAUCUUCUCCUACAAUCUCGCUAUUUUUUUUUUGGUCCUAACACAAAUUAUGCCUCGAAGAACUUAUUCCAUAAGUUAGAGAAAGAGUCCACUUUUCCACUAUCAUCAAUGUUUCAUUUGAAAUUUUUUCCAUGACCCAUUUUUUCUCUAUACACUAAAUUUGUUUUGGAGAUUUUCAUGGACAUAAAAACAUAAACUUUUUGCAAAAGUUGAAUUGGAUUGAGUGAUGUGUCAUGUGACCCUUUUUAAUGCUUAAGAAAACUCUUCAAUCUACAUUGGUUUCAUCAACAAAAUUUGAUUUUUAUGAAAGGAAACAUGUCUUUUGCUUUUGGUUCUAUGAGGGUUUUCAUCAGCAAUCAUGUGUUCUAUUUGUUUGGAUUGAUACUCAAAUACUUCUUCAGGUUUCUUAAUUUAGGAGAUGCAAAAAAAGAUCUUAAUGAUUCACCAUCACAAGGAAAUUUUGAUGAUUCUAAGGUUGAUGGUUUCUCAGAGGAGCUGGCAAAUUUUCUUUUUUGGAGUGAGGAUUUUCAUCAAGGAGAAACAGAGUGUUCUGUUUUUGUGGAUCAUGUUCAUGGUGAAAAAACAGAGUACUCUGUUUUGAAGGAGAUUCACUCUGGUUUUGAUGAAGGAUGUGUGAAAACAGAGGUAUACAGGGAUAACUCUGUUUUGAAGGAGAUUGAAGAUGGUAUAGAGAGAAUUGAGAGUGAAAUAGAAGAUGAAGUUUUCAUGGAGAGUGAGUCUUUAAGCUUUGUUGUUCUUGAAGAUGGUGAGGAAAAUGGAGAAGAAGAUGAAGGUGUUGUUUCCAUGGAGAGUGGUUCAUUUGAUCAUGAAAUUGAACAUGAUCUUCAUCAUGAUCAUACGAAGGUCGAAGAAGAGAAAGAAGAGGAGGAAGACGAAGAAAUAGGAGAAGAUUCUCUUGUAGAGAUUGACUAUGAGGUUCAUGAAAAUGGAAGAAAAAUUGAUGAAAUUGAAACAGAGGGCUCUGUUUUCAUGGAGAAUGUCUCUGAUGUUAUCGAAGAUGGUAACAAAAUAGAUGAAAAAGACACAGAAGGAUAUAUUGUGAAGGAUGGUGAGUUUGAGAUUCAUGAUGUUUAUGAGAAAAUGGAUGAAAUCGAAUCACAAUUAUCGGUUUUCGGUGAUGAGGGUUUCGAUGUUCAUGGUGAUAAUAAAAUGGAAGAAGAAACAGAACAAAAAACAGAGGACUCUGUUUUAGUGGAGAGUGACACAAAAACAAUAACCACCAGUAAGUAUGAAUCCUCAUCAGAGAAAGAUAUGAGUGGUUUCGUAGAAGAACCGAUGACAUUUCAAUUCAGUUUUCGAGAGUUCUUCACGAGUCCGAAUAUUUCAUCCAUUUCCAAUAAUGUGCACAAAGAGUUUUCAAACAUUGAUUCAGAUAAAGACUUUGUAACUGAAAAAGAAGAGCAAAAGGAAGAUCAUAUUCAUUCGACCGAUAAACAGAUUCCUUUCGAGGGCGAGGUGUUUGGUGGAAUUGAUUCAUCUGAUGAAGACUAUUUCAUUUUCAAUGAAAAUUCAGUGACAUCUGAUUCUGAGUCAGAAUCAUCUAGCUCAAGUGGUUUGAUUUGGAGCAAUAGCAACAUCAACAAAAUUGAUGAUUCAUUUAGCUAUCACUUUCUUGGUAGCGAAAAUGGUAGCGAAAAAUUUGAGCCUGAGAUUCUAAAAUUGAUGAUGAAAGAUGAAAGAAAAGGAGGUGUGGAUGAAAACCCAUCUUCAUUUGAUGAUAAAGUUUCAAACUUUGAGGUUUUUUCUGAAAAUGAGUACAUAGAAAUGGAACCUAACAUGAAGGGUUUGAAAGCCUUUAUGGAACAUGGUUUGAACUUUGAAGUGAAAGAUGAAAAACAAGGUAUGAAGAAAAGUGAAGAAGCUAAGUGUGGAGAAGAAUUGAAUGAAUCAGAAUCUGAUGAAGAUGAAGAUGAUUUUGAGUGGGAGCAUGAAGAUAUAGUGGAGCAAUUGAAGUUAGAAUUGAAGAAUUCAAGACAAGGUGGACUUGCCACAAUCAUAGAAGAAGUUGAAGAUGAAGAUGAACAAGAACAAGAAGUAAAAGAGUCACCAAAAGUGGUUCAAGAAUUGAAACCAAUGAAAAUUGAAGUGAAGUUACUUGAAUUCAAGGAUCAAAUGAAUGAGAUUCAAAAAGUUUACAACAACUAUGCAGAGAAAAUGAAGAAACUUGAUAUCUUGAAUUAUCAAACCAUGCAUGCAUUAGGUCUUCUUCAACUAAAAGACCCUCUUAAGUUAAUCUCAUUACCAAAAUCCACCAUCUCAAAUGCUAUAAUCUCACAAAAUUUAUGGCCAAGAAAAUCAACAAAGAUCACAUCUGACCCGUUUUUGAAACUUGUUCAUCAACUUCAUAGAGAUUUGGAAUUGGUGUAUGUUGGACAAGCUUGUCUCUCAUGGGAAAUUCUAUGUUGGCAACACAUGAAAGCUAUUGAGUUACAACAAUAUGAUUCACAAGGGCCUCAUAGCCAUAGGUAUAACCAUGUUGCUGGUGAAUUUCAACUUUUUCAAGUAUUGAUGCAAAGAUUCAUAGAGAAUGAACCAUUUCAAAGUGGACCAAGGGUCCAAAACUAUGUCAAAAACCGCUGCGUGAUCAGAAACUUGCUUCAUGUUCCCGAUAUAAAAGAUGAUAGUAAAGGGGGCGAGGAAGAUCCUAUCGCAAGUGGAAGGUUGGAAGAUAUCAUAAAGGAAUCAAUGCGAGUGUUUUGGGAAUUUGUUCGAGCGGAUAAAGAUAAUGGGAAUGUGAAUGUGAUUUCUAAGCAUAUUGGAAAUAAUCUCAAAGACCCUUCAAUUUCAAAUCUUCUAGUGGACAUUAGAACACAACUACAAAAGAAGGAUAAAAAGCUGAAAGACAUAAUAAGAACUGGAAAUUGCAUAGUGAAGAAGUUCCAAAAGCACCAUGAGGAUCAACUUGAUCAUGAGCAAUUAGUUGCACAAGUUGGGUUGAGAUUGAUUUCAAGAGUGAUAAACAUGUCACAAUUAAGAAAAGAACAAGUACUAUGGUGUAGUGAAAAGUUGAACCGAAUCAAAUUCUUAAGCAGGAAGAUUGUUCAUGUUGAACCUUCUUUUUUGCUUUUUCCAUGUUGAUUCAACCAUCUUAGAUGUAUACUUUUUUUUUUUACCUUUUACAUAAAAUGGUAUACUAGCUUAAGUAGAAAUUCUCAGCUUUUGUAUUAUUGUAUAUAUUCAUAUAGAAUUGAAGCUCCUAGCUGAUACAUCAUAGUUAUUGAAUAAAUGGUUAAUAAUAAAAGAUAGUGCAAAGUUUUUGUGUUGCAUACAAGUUU